CGGACCUUUACCCGGAAGUCGUUUAUUUUAACGUCGCGGAGAACCCCACACACUUCUACAAUGAAUCCGCUGACCAAAGUGAAGCUGAUCAACGAGCUGAACGAGCGGGAAGCUAACCUGGGGAUCAACGAAAAGGCUUCGUGGCACAGCGAGUACAAAGACAGCGCCUGGGUAUUCAUAGGGGGUUUUCCGUAUGAGCUGAGCGAAGGCGACGUCAUCUGCGUCUUCUCACAGUACGGCGAGAUCGUCAACAUCAACCUGGUGCGUGACAAGAAGACAGGCAAGUCCAAAGGCUUCUGCUUCCUGUGCUACGAGGACCAGAGGAGCACCAUCUUGGCGGUGGACAACUUAAAUGGCAUUAAGAUCAAAGGUCGCACCAUCCGUGUGGACCAUGUCCGAGACUACCGCCCCCCCAAAGACCACGAGGACAUAGACGACGUGACCCGGCGCCUCAGGGAGGAAGGAUGCGCUCCUUCUGUCAAUCACGCGCCGCCAGAUUCCCUGUCCUCGGCUGAGGAAGACGUCCUCCCCCUGAAGAAGAGCAAGAAAGAUAAGAAAGAGAAGAAGAAAAAGAAAGAGAAGGAGAAAAAGAAGAAAAAGAGCAGAGCGUCUCCUUCUUCUUCGUCGUCGUCGUCUUCUCCUCCUGCCGCCAUCCAAGUGAAAGAGGAGAAGGAGGACGCCGCCUAUGAUAAGUAUGACCAGAGGAGGGCGCCAGUCAAGGAGGAGAGGAGACGAGGAGACGACGAGAGAAGAAAAGGAGAUGCUGAGAGAAGACGAGAGGAGGAGAGAAGAUGGGGAGGUGAAGAGCGAAGCCGAGGAGAGCAGGAAAGGAAGCGAGGAGACGAGGAGAGAAGACGAGGAGACGAGGAGAGAAGACGAGGAGACGAGGAAAGAAGACGAGGAGACGAUGAGAGAAAACGAGGAGACGAGGGGCAAAGACGAGGAGAUGAUGAGAGAAAACGAGGCGACGAAGAGAGAAAAGGAGGAGACGACGAGAGAAGACGAGGAAAUGACACGAGAAGACAAGGAAAUGAGGAUAGAAGACGAGGAGAGCAGGAGAGAUACAGAAGGUGACCAUGGUUACUUGUGGGUCAUGUCUGGAAUGUUCUUGUUCAUUUUGUGGGUUAUUUUAUAGUAUGUCUUUGUUUAUUUUCCUCAGUUAACAAUGUUUUGUAUUUUUUUCUUGUAAAAAAAAAAUAAUUAAACACAUGUUGAACACACACAA